AUGGCGGGAAAUGAGGAUUGCGCGUCUGUUUUGGAACAGUUUAUUCACGAUGCCUCCAACUUACCGGCCGAGAUAAAUCAUAUGAUGGAAGAGAUCCAAGCCAAAGACAAGGAUCUUCAGAAAUUUCUCUCUGCAAUCAACCAAAAGGACGCCAACAUUCAAAAGCACCUGAAGGUCAACGGUGUGCUUGCGCCACAUCCCAAGGAGAAUGAGUAUGCAGACUUGGUGAAAAAGAAUUACGAGUCGUGUGCCCAGCUUCAGGAUCAAAAGGUGCAUUUGGCGGACAGGGCUUGCAACAUUCUUGAACGACAAUUGAGAAAACUGGACACGAAGAUCAAAGAGUUACAGAAUGACGGUCAGCUUGUGGACGGGCCGCCUCUACCAAGCGUCUUCAAUCGAAAAGCCGAAGCACAAAAAUCUCUCAUCGACGUUCCACCCAGUCUUCCUCUGCAAAAUGCAUCGAUCAGCGCUCUCAAUGCCAAUGCACAUCGCAUAAAUUCCCACAUAACUACAACCAUGCAGCAAGCACAGUCGAGGCAAUUGCCGCAACUAACAACUACCAAUACACCUGCUCAAAGAAGCUCGGCGCCAGCUACUCCUGCUGCCGGGGUGCAGCAGCAGCGACAACGAGAACGUGAGCACUCGGCCGGUGCGGAUACAAAGCGACGCAAGCUGACUGCUGCUGCCAACCUUCCUGCUCAGCCAUCAGGCUUGAGACAGUCGUCACUGGGUCCGGGCACCCCUAAAGCCUCCACACCCACAGCCACAGGAACGAGUCGAUCAGGGAGUCUACCUCGAAGUGCCGGGCCUCCACAAACUGCGGGACCACCCAAGAAGUCUGGCUUGUCGAAGAAAAUCAUGCCCCAUCAGCAGGUCAACAAACUCAAGCAGAAGGGGUCGACCAAGGGCAGGUUAUCUGUCGGGCGCAAGAAAGGACAGUCUCCUUCUGUACGGGGUGGACGUGGUGGAACAGCUGCGUCGGAAGAAGAUUCGGUUUUGUCGUCGGCGGACGCUUCAGAGACGGACGCUUCAACCACGAGAGGCAGACGGGGAAAUAAAAAGUCACUGCGAGAAGAAGUUGAAACGCAUGAGGACGAAGAUAUGGACGACGACGAAGGUGAAGAUGACAAACGAUACUGCUUUUGCAAUCAACGAUCCUAUGGAGAAAUGGUGGCUUGCGAAAAUGAUGACUGUCCUUUCCAGUGGUUCCACACAGGCUGCCUGAACAUGAAGAAAGUGCCGGAUGAGGAUGAGGAUUGGUAUUGUCCUACGUGCAGAGAGAAACCCGAGAUCAUCGAAAAGGUCAAAGCCAGGAAGAAAGCGGGCGGCCGGAAGUAA